AUGGAUCUAGUAAAAGACAUUCUGUUUGAAAAGCAAGAAGGAAACCUAUGUGCACAGCAUGCUCUCAAUGCUCUCUUGCAAGGCAAUUAUUUCACAGCAGUCGAUUUGGCUACUAUUGGACAAGAACUCGAUCGUGAAGAAAGUAGAGUAACUGGAGUGAAUGUUAGUGGUAGAACAAGUCAGAAUUACGAUGAUUCUGGAUUCUUUUCUAUUCAGGUUAUCCAAAAUGCACUUUGUAUUUGGAACCUAAGCUUAGUACCAUGGCUUUCUGAAGAAGCAAGUGAUGCAAGGGAACAUCCAGAAAAGGAAGCUGCCUACAUUUGUAACUUGAAUCAACACUGGUUUACAUUACGCAAAUUCUCUGUGCCUUGGAGAUGGUACAAUCUAAACUCUACGCAAUCUGCACCUAUACAUCUCAGUGAGACAUAUCUUGGUUUAUUGCUACAACAAAUUCAGAAUGAAGGUUAUUCUGUGUUUGUUGUGAGAGGAUCACUUCCAGAUUGUGUAGCUGAUAGACUUGCAAUUACGUUACCACGCCCACAGAAAUCAACCCAAGACAAGAAAAAGACAUUAGAAGCCUUCUCAGGACAAGGUUACUCACUCAAUGGUCCCACAACCAUUCCAGGCCUCCCAGAGGGCGAAGACGAAGACGAAGAAGUCCAAUUGGCCAAAGCAAUUGAGGCCAGUCUACAAACCUCUCAAACCCAGUCUGUGGAUGAGCUUCGAAAGAAACGACUAGCACGAUUUGGUGGAUAGACUGGGAUACUUUUAACUCAUUAAAUAUUAUUAUUAUUAUUUCCCUGUAAGCUAUAGGAGUAGAUUUAACUCAUGAUCUAGAAAGAAUUGUUUUUGGAUCACUAUUUAUAUUCCCAAGAACCAUAGAGCAUUAG